GCAGCAGAAAAACUGUCAGCUGGAAAAUGAUGGAAGCUGCAAAUGGGUCAAAGUCAAAACAAAACUGACCAUUUUUCGUGAAAUUUGCUAAAAAUGGGCCGACGGGAGCGUCGAAUUGCGUGCAGACGCCGAAUCGGAUCAACCAACCCUUGAUGAUUUGUUCGGCGCCCGACGGCCGGUGGUGAGCCGAGAACUCGGUGCGACUGCAGAUUACAUCACACCCUUGAAUUGCGAGAUGAACAGCCUGGACCCGGCCAGUCCGGCCCUGGGCGUGCCCUUCCUGCGCACCAUCGAGUGGGAGAUGAUGGACAAGAGCAAGUUCUUCCCCCUCAGCAUGAUGAGUUCGUUCAGUGUACGGUGCGCCCUAUACCCAUUGACGGUGGUCAAGACCAGACUGCAGAUCCAGAGACACAACGAGGCCUACAAGGGCAUGAUGGACGCGUGCAUCCAGAUCAGGAAGAGCGAAGGAAUGAGGGGACUCUACAAGGGCUUUUGGGUGAGUGCAGCGCAGCUCAUUUCUGGUGUCUUCUACAUCUCGACGUACGAAGGUGUUCGUCACAUCCUGAAGGAGCGCGAGUUGGUCUCGGACUCGCGGAUCCGAGGGAUGGUCGGAGGCGCCGCUGCCUCUCUGGUGGGCCAGAGCAUUGUGGUGCCCUUUGACGUCAUUUCCCAGCACAUCAUGAUCCUCGGACAAGCCAAAGGUAUAUUUGGUUUGGUCAAAUAUUUGUUUUUACAUUUUAAUAACAUUCCAAAUGUAGGUGCUAGUCAUGCCACAAACCCGCUGGGUGUGGUUGUUGAAGGACGAACCAAAUUCCAAAUCGCCGCCUACGUCACUGCCGAAAUUUACCGAAGGGAUGGGUUGAAGGGUUACUACAGAGGAUACACUGCUUCGUUGUGCACAUACGUACCUAACUCAGCCAUGUGGUGGCUACUUUACCAUUUUUACCAAGAUGAAUUGCACCGGUUGCUUCCGUCAGGGUGCUCCCACCUGAUGAUUCAGUGCAUAUCCGGCACAAUGGGUGGCUUCACAACGACCUUGCUGACCAACCCGCUGGACAUUGUGCGGGCGCGGCUGCAGGUGCAGCGGAUCGGCUCGAUGUCGCGCACCUUCCGCGAACUCUGGGCCGAGGAGGGGAUGCGCAUCUUCAGCAAGGGGCUGAGCGCCCGGCUGGUGCAGUCAGCCGUCUACUCGUUCGCCAUCAUCCUCAGUUACGAGAGCAUCAAGAGACUCAGCAUCAACGACGAGUACCGAGAUCUCGUCCGCUGGUGAGAUGCGCCUUUGUUUUCAAACUUUUGGUUCUACCUCCUCAGUUUUUAUGUGACCCCACAUAAGGAUGACGUUUCGUGUUCGUAGAUCAGUUGAUUCAACGACUCCUUCGACGCUUGUCUUCAUUUUGGAUUGCUUCCAAGGUGUUGAUAAUUUUUUUUGUCUAUUGAAUUUAUCACUUUUAAUUUUUGUUCAAUCUGACAAUUUUGUUUGUCUGAUAAUUAAGUUUUAAAUUUUGGCCCCUGUCAAUUUUUGACACCUAUCUAAAUUUGCUCAGCAUUGAGGAAAAGUAAAUAUACCGUUCAUUGCCAGGUUUCUGUAAUCUAGUUAUACAUUAUAUACUUGUAGUCUGCUGGUUCAGGCACAGAAUAACACUUUUACCAAAAUAAUUUUAUGGAUUAUUAGGAAGAAACAUAGUUCUCUGACGACUUUUUACAUUUUAUUGGAGCCCGGUUGAUUUCCUUCAAUUGUGAUACAGGGCUGAGAGACACAAACACCUGUAAAUUUUGUUAUGAAGCAGCUGGUUUCAAAAGUUGUUUGAAGUCGAGAAACUUUAUAGUUGUGAUAGAAGAAAAACUAUUUUUAUUUUUAACUUUUUUUGUCAUUUUGCCACCAUUGUGUUGAAAAUUUACUUCUUGUUGGAUUUUCUGCAAUAAACUGUGACAGUUGAGUCAGCUUAUUUAUUGAUAAA